AGCCGCCGCCACCGCGUUCUCACACGCCGUCGGCCAUGUCGCAGCGGCCGGAGGCGGGUUCUACGGCGGAGGGAGACGAGGAGCAGCGGCUGCGCUCGGCGCUGCGUCACCUGCAGGCGGAGGCCGGGGUGCUCGAGCGCCUGGUGUACAAGCACCGGAACCAGCACCGCGGCGCCGCCUACUUCCAGUACCUCCUCAAGGUGAGGAGGGACCUGAAGCUGCUGCUCGGCGCCGGCCUGGCGGAGGUCCUCAACGCCGUGUUCCCCGUCCUCGCAUGCCGCAAGCCGGCCAACACGAUCCUCGUCCCGACCAAGCAGACUAAGAAGAAACCUGGUGCAAACCACAGCCAUCAUGAGAGGCUUUUGGGUGUUGCCCGCUUGUUAUCCCAGAUGGCGGAACCUGUUAUGAAGGCAGCAAUCCAGAUAACAUUUUUACUUGCUAGAUCAUUCUUCAUCGAUCUUUCUACAGCAGUUCUUUCUUUGCUUGCACGAAUAAGGGUCCUGAUCCAACAGAUGUUAGUCGAUGUUGUGUCAUUAUUUAAUAAGGUUACAGAUCUUACUGAUAGGAAGCAGGCUGUUAAGAUAAGCAUAGGUGGAGUGCAGGCUUUCAGAGAGUACUACCCCUCUAUGAAUGAUGCCUGUGCAAUUCUGGAGUGUGUAUGGUUGAAAGAUAAAUUUGUUUUGCACGAAAAGAUGAAAGAAAGCUGUCAAGAAACACAAGUUGAAGAUAAGAGGUCCUGUGGCCCUGAAUCUUCAAUCCAGUAUGAGACGCUUGCACUCGUUAGUGAAGAUACACCAAGCCUUGAAGAAACAAACAGGCCAGCCAAAGAGACAGACGCUGCACUGGCUGAGCAACCAGAUAAAAUGAACCAUUGCAGUGGUGCUGGAGGUUCAGAGAGUGGGAGGCAACUGGAAAAUGAAAGUGGUGCUUGUUCAGUUCCUGACACCGUUACCACUCGUAUGCAUUCAGUUCCACACCUGAACCUCAAGCAUGAGACUAGGAAGAGAGUAGCAUUCGUUGCUGUUGGAAAUCCAAAGGUUCCUAGUGCAGCCUCAGAAACAAAAUCAUCAGAAGUAAACAAGAAGCAAAGACUAGAUGUGAUUUCACACACCUCUGUAGAAUCUGGACUCUACAGCAAAUUACUGGAUUCUGAGAAUGGAGAAAAGUCCAUACUUUAAUAUCUUUGGAAAUUCCCUCUUCUUCGUCAGGGGGAGAGCAACAGCUAAGAAAGUGCCAUUGCCGUUUCAAGAUACAGCUUACAAUUUUUCAUUAUUUCUUUGAGCUUCUGAAGCAGGCCCUUUCUAUUGUUUCUUAACCAAAUUUCAUGGUGAGCAGCUGCAAGAUUGUUUUUGUAGGGUUUGUGUGUAUUAGGGAGAUAUCCAUGUUUAUGUCAAUGUUCAUUAGCACAGCUUCAUAUAAUUGAAAGUUUUGUUCACACUACAGAUUUCUUGCUUACAUAUUUAUAUUCA